AUGCGCCGGACACUGUAGAUGAACCAAAAAGCGAAAUACAGCAAUUCUUUAGUGGUACCAACGUUUUCUUAACUGGCGCCACGGGUAUUGUAGGUCACGUAUUAGUUGAAAAACUUCUUAGGUAAGUCAAUUUUUAUAAUCAUUUGUUGUUUCCUAUCUGUUAACAAAUUUUUAGCAAGAAUCAAUUUGCUUCAAUCAAAAAUUAUAGGGGUCUUGGUAACAUUAUGAAUGUAGGUUUUAUAUUGAGUCGGUAGUUUUUUAAUUUUUAUAAUCAUUUGUUGUUUCCUAUCUGUUAACAAAUUUUUAGGAAGAAUCAAUUUGCUUCAAUCAAAAAUUAUAGGGGUCUUGGCAACAUUAUGGAUCUAGUGUUUAUAUUGAAUCGGUAAUUUUUUAAUUUUUCAAAUAAUUUUCAUAAUGGUUGGUAAAAAUGUACAAUUUAGCGACAAUAAACGUUUCGUAAUUUUCAAUUUUUUUUUUCCUUUACGAAUGUAAAGCGUAAUGUAAUAGAUUUUAAUUAUCCGCUUUAAUUUUAAAUUUCAAUGGAAAUUGCAUAAAUACCGAAUUUUUGCGUACUAUUUUUCAAAUUAUGUAAACAUAAAUUUUUGGCCUAAACAGAAUAAUUGUGAAUUUAAAGCGAGGUUCAAAAGUAAAUGUAGCCUAAUGAGGUAAUUUUUUUUAAACAAGUAUUUAUCCGUUCAAUUUUAGACGAAAAUUAAAAUAAUCACGAACUUUCAACAAAUAACCAACCGAAUUUUUAUCUGUACCAGUUCUAAAUAUAUCAGAGAAUACACCUUCAAAACACAUAAUUAUACAUUUAUAGUUUAUAUUGGAUUCGAUUUAUAAUUUAAUAAAACAAUAAUUAUAAUUUAUUAAUUUUUAGAACAUGUUAUAUAAACAAACUUUACCUUUUGAUCAGACCGAAGAAAAACAAAGAGCCCCAGAAUCGAUUGAACGAAAUGUUUAGCGAUUUGGUUAGUCACCCGAAUUUUAUAAUACUUAUUUUAAAAAAAUAACAACAAAAAUAAUUUUGUCUUAAUAAUUAGCUGUUCAAACGACUAGCGGAAGACCAACCGAAUUUCACUGAAAAAGUGGUAGUUAUUGUUGGCGAUUGCNGAUCAGACCGAAGAAAAACAAAGAGCCCCAGAAUCGAUUGA